AUGACGAAGGAGAAAGAGGACGUUGAGAUUUUGAAACCGCAGGACAGAUCAUGUGGGCUGAUCUGGGAGAAGUCGUGGGAUUCAGUUGCAUUUUCCUUCACACACCUGGUGGCAGAUAAAGCACAGCCAAAGUGCUUGUGGGCAUGUUUUGCAAGGGCUCUCGCUGCCCUCACUGACUGCAGUGACAAUAUACUUACACUGUCCAGUCUCUCAUUUCCCUUUCUUUUAGAAUAUGCAGCAAUAAACUCCAUGCUGGACCAGAUCAACUCCUGCUUGGAUCACCUGGAGGAGAAGAAUGAUUAUCUACACGCCUGCUUGAAAGAACUGCUGGAGUCCAACCGCCAGACCCGCCUGGAGUUCCAGCAGCAGAGCGAGCAGCAGAACACAGAAGCUGACGUGCAGGGAUCACAGCCUCCUGCCUAG